CUCCUCGCCCCGCCUUCCCCGCCACGGUCCGUCACGUGACGCGGACUUAGCGUUGACAUUCGAAACGGGCCCCCCACGGCCCCCCUGACCCGCGCGCGCCGCCCGGCGGUGACCGUUUCGGUUUCAUUUCCGGGCGGCCGAGGGCGAGAGCGGCGGCGCGGAGCGGCCCUGCAGCGCCCCCCCCGCAGUGCCCCCUCCGCGGCCCCACCCCCUCGGGCUCGGAGUGAACCGAGGUUCCCCUUCCCCUCCCCCGCGCCGGCACACACACCCCUCCUCCUCCUCCUCCUCCUCUUCUUCUCCCCCCUUCUGCGCUGAGAGAGAGAAAGGAAAGGGAGGAGGCGCCGGGCCUGGGUCUCCCGCUCCGAGCCGCCGCGGCACAACAUGGAGGAGCUGGUGGUGGAGGUGCGGGGCUCCAACGGGGCCUUCUACAAGGCUUUCGUAAAGGAUGUGCAUGAAGAUUCUAUUACAGUCGCAUUUGAAAACAACUGGCAACCAGAGAGACAAAUACCAUUCCAUGAUGUGAGGUUUCCACCACCUGCAGGCUAUAAUAAAGAUAUAAAUGAAAGCGAUGAAGUAGAGGUUUAUUCUAGGGCAAAUGAAAAAGAACCCUGCUGUUGGUGGUUGGCUAAAGUGAGAAUGAUAAAGGGUGAGUUCUACGUAAUAGAAUAUGCAGCCUGUGAUGCUACGUACAAUGAAAUUGUCACCAUUGAGCGCUUGAGAUCUGUGAACCCCAACAAACCUGCAACAAAAGAUACUUUUCAUAAAAUCAAACUGGCAGUUCCAGAAGAUUUAAGGCAAAUGUGUGCCAAAGAAUCAGCACAUAAGGACUUCAAAAAGGCAGUUGGAGCUUUUUCUGUAACAUACGAUUCUGAAAACCACCAGCUUAUUAUAUUGUCAAUCAAUGACGUAACCACAAAGCGGGCGAAUAUGCUGAUUGAUAUGCACUUUCGAAGUCUUCGUACCAAGUUAUCCCUGAUACUGAGAAAUGAAGAAGCCAGCAAACAGCUAGAGAGUUCUAGACAACUUGCAUCACGAUUUCAUGAACAGUUUGUUGUACGUGAAGAUUUAAUGGGUUUGGCCAUUGGCACUCAUGGUGCUAAUAUCCAGCAAGCCAGAAAGGUCCCUGGAGUGACUGCUAUUGAUCUUGAUGAAGAUACUUGCACAUUCCAUAUUUACGGAGAGGAUCAAGAUGCAGUGAAAAAGGCCAGAAGUUACCUUGAAUUUGCUGAAGAUGUCAUACAAGUCCCAAGAAAUUUAGUAGGAAAAGUAAUAGGAAAAAAUGGAAAACUGAUUCAGGAGAUUGUGGACAAAUCUGGUGUUGUAAGAGUGAGAAUUGAGGCUGAAAAUGACAAAAAUAUUCCACAAGAGGAGGGAAUGGUACCAUUUGUGUUUGUGGGAACCAAGGACAGCAUCACUAAUGCAACUGUUCUUCUGGAUUAUCAUCUUAAUUAUUUAAAGGAAGUGGACCAGCUGCGUUUGGAAAGAUUGCAAAUCGAUGAACAGCUUCGGCAGAUUGGAGCUACUUCUAGGCCACCACCAAAUCGUACAGAUAAAGACAAAGGGUACAUGACCGAUGAUGGUCCAGGACUUGGACGCGGAAGUCGACCUUACAGAAACAGAGGGCAUAGCAGACGUGGUCCAGGCUAUGCUUCAGGAACUAAUUCUGAAGCAUCAAAUGCUUCUGAAACAGAAUCUGAUCACAGAGACGAACUUAGUGAUUGGUCAGCAGCCCCAGCAGAAGAGGAGCGCGACAACUACCUGCGUAGAGGAGAUGGGCGAAGACGUGGAGGUGGUGGAAGAGGGCAAGGAGGGAGGGGUCGUGGAGGAUUCAAAGGAAAUGAUGAACAGUCACGAACAGAUAACCGUCAACGUAACUCAAGAGAUGCAAAAGGGAGAACAGCAGAUGGAUCUCUUGAGAUCAGAAUUGACUGCAAUAAUGAAAGGAGUGUCCACACUAAAACAUUACAGAAUACCUCCAAUGAAGGUAGUCGGCUGCGCACGGGUAAAGAACGUAACCAGAAGAAAGAGAAAACGGACAGCGCAGAUGGUCAACAGCCACUGGUGAACGGAGUACCCUAAACUGCAUAAUUCUGAAGUCAUAUUUCCUAUACUGUUUCAGUAAUUCCUAUUCUAUGUUAGAGAAACUUGUUAGGCCAAAGACAAAUAGUAGGCAAGAUGGCGCAGGGCAUGAAAUGAACAUAUGUUCUCUGUUAGCCUUUUUUAACAUCGACAGUAUGCAGUUGUUUUCAGAAUAAGAAGUUAUUCAAAUAUUUGCAUAAAACUAUCUGAAUUUCUCAAAAUUGCUUUCAAGUACAUAUUGCAGUUCAAACAAGGAAAGAUUCUUUUUUGUUUUAAAAAUACUGAGCUGUGCAUUGGUAAACUUUCUGUUCAGUUGUACCAUUUUAACACACCGGGUCAAAUUCACUGCUCAAUUUCAAUUUUCAGAAUAAAUAGUGUUUGCAGUAAUCAAAUUGGCUUCUGUUUUCAAUCUGACUUACAAGUUCUUCAUGAAAUGCUAUGUCGUUUUAUGUCCUGUGUCAGUUCACAUUCUGGUCCACCUUUUUCAAUAUUUUAGUGGACCCUGAAAUAUGUGUGAUGUAACAAUUGUCAUUUUCAUUAGCAAAAAAGUUGUAUGAUCUGUGCCUUUUUUAUAUCUUGGCAGGUAGGAAUAUUAUAUUUGGAUGCAGAAAUCAGGGAAGAUGAGUUGGUAACACUAAAUGUAAAAUAUAUGUAGCAAUCCUUGUCAGGCGUUAGUACUUUAUAGACAAGUGCAUGCUUUCCAUAAUUUUUUCCUUACAUAAACAUUGAGUUAGGCAGUUACAAGAAUAGGAGAUUUAUUUUGCACUGAAGAUUUGGCAAAUAGUGUUAUUGAAAACGGGGUGUAAUUUUUCCUUUGUAGGCAGUACAGAAGCUUUUUUUUUAAAAAAAAAAAACUAAAAAAUUAAAA